AUGAGGCUGGAGGCCGCAGCCAGGAUGGAUCUGUUCAGGAAGCUGUGGAGGGCGAGGAAGCUGAUCCUAGUGGUGCUGAUCCCGCUGUCCCUGCUUCCCCUACCGCUCAUUCAUCCCACCAGCGAGGCAUGCUGUGCCUAUGUGUUGAUGGUGACGGCAGUCUACUGGGUAUCUGAGGCUGUUCCCUUGGGUGCUGCUGCCCUGGUCCCUGCCUUCCUCUACCCAUUAUUUGGGGUACUUAAGUCUAGUGAGGUAGCAGCAGAGUACUGUAAAGACACCACUCUACUGCUGAUGGGAGUCAUCUGCUUGGCAGCCUCCAUAGAAAAGUGGAAUCUGCACAAACGGAUCGCUCUACGCAUGGUGAUGAUUGCAGGGGCAAAGCCUGGCAUGCUUGUGCUGGGCUUCAUGUGCUGCACCGUGUUUCUGUCCAUGUGGCUCAGUAACACGUCCACCACAGCCAUGGUGAUGCCCAUAGCCGAGGCUGUGCUGCAGCAGCUCAUCUGCACCGGCCUGGCUGACAGCCAUGAUGACUCCGAGACCGCUGACUCCCCCGAGGAGGACAGCGAAAAAGAAGAAAACCUGGACAAAAACCAGUUGGAACUGCUUUAUCGCAAUGACAGCAACAACUGCACCAAACAGGAGCUCUCUACACUGAGUGAGGUACAGACUGGAGAGGUUAAUGGUUUAGGUCUCAGGUCAGAGUUCAUCAGACACACCAAUGGACACCUGCCGCAGGUUGCGAUCGAAAUCCCAAAUGUGAAGCGAGUGAAGAUGAGGAGAGACUCCCAGUACCCCACCAAGAGAGAUCACAUGAUCUGUAAAUGUCUGUCACUCAGCAUCACUUAUGCUGCGACAAUCGGUGGACUCAUCACCAUCACCGGCACCUCAACCAACCUCAUCUUUGCUGAACAGUUCAACACACGUUAUCCAGAUGCGAAAGUAAUCAACUUUGGCACAUGGUUCAUCUUCAGCUUCCCCAUUGCCAUCAUCAUGCUGGUCCUCACCUGGCUGUGGCUGCAUUUCCUCUUCCUUGGCUGCAAUUUCAGGGAAACAUGUUCACUGAGUAAGAAGCGCAAAACCAAGAGAGAGAUGCUGUCAGAGAAGAGAAUCCAUGAGGAAUAUGCAAAACUGGGGCCCAUCAGUUAUCCAGAAGUGGUGACCGGUGUUUUCUUCAUCCUGAUGACUCUGCUGUGGUUCACCAGAGAGCCUGGCUUCGUGCCUGGAUGGACAUCACUGUUUGAGAAAAAAGGCUACAGGACUGAUGCAACAGUGUCUGUGCUUCUGGGCUUCCUCCUCUUCCUCAUCCCAGCUAAACGACCAUUCUCCUCUUCUUCCUCCUCCAGCUGUAAAAAUGAAGAUGAAGAUGAAGACUCACUUGCUCCCAUGAUCACCUGGAAGGACUUCCAGAGACUGAUGCCAUGGGAAAUUGUCAUCCUGGUGGGAGGAGGAUAUGCGUUGGCUGCUGGCUGCAAGGUUUCAGGCCUGUCAGUGUGGAUUGGCAGACAGCUGGAACCCAUGAGUGGUCUUCCUCCCUGGGCUGUCACCCUGCUGGCCUGCCUGUUGGUGUCAGUGGUCACUGAGUUCGCCUCAAACCCAGCGACUCUCACUGUCUUCUUGCCCAUCCUGUCUGCACUGUCUGAGACUCUGCAAAUCAACCCACUCCACACUUUGAUCCCCUCCACCAUGUGUGUGUCAUUUGGGGUUAUGCUUCCAGUGGGAAACCCCCCCAACGCCAUCGUCUUCAGUUACGGCCACGUGCAGAUCAGCGACAUGGUAAAAGCAGGUUUUGGAGUGAACCUGAUAGGAGUCGCAGUGGUCAUGUUGGCUAUCACAACAUGGGGGGUUCCUCUCUUCAACCUCACAGAGUUCCCAGCUUGGGCAAUGUCCAGAAAUGUUACUGGGAGCUUAUAACCACCGGUGGAACCAGUGGCAAGAAGAGGGGAAGAGUCAAUAAGAGACAGAGAGAGAAAAUGUUUCUGUGAGGACAGACAAGAAAAUGACAUAUUAAGUCUCAAGAGGAUUGCCUUGUCAGCGAUACACCUUUCAAUAGACUUAUUUCUGGACAUGAAGGAGGAGGAGGAUCGGUGGUGCAACAGAUGAGAGUAAAAACACAACUGUAACCUAUUAUUUAGCUGUAACAUUAAGAACAUGUACUGGUUAUCAUUGGUGGUAAUCAUUGGUGCCUCUUUUUUCAAGAAAUGCCUUUGCCAAAGUGGCCACCGGGGAGAGCUCUCACCCACAUAACCUCCUAUAAACUUUACAGACAUUCUGUUGUUACUGGAGACAUCAAAAAA